UGAAUUGCGGUAUACAGACGCGUGCGCCUUGAGAGGAGUUACAACCGCGCUUGCUAACGAAUUACAGUAAAAGACCCAUAGAAAAGCAUUUGGGCGUGGUUUUUGAACUUGUUCCAUUGCUCUUAAAAGAUAGCAUAAGAAACUGGGUAGGGUUUAACAGAACAACGAAAUAUGUUUAAAUAAUGAAUUGAAUUUGUUACGAAGAAGUGGAAAUAUGUGGCGUUAUGCAGCAAACAAUCCUAGAAUUAACAGAAUACCAAAAGUUAACUAAAAAACACAGUUUUGUUUGCUUAAAAAAAUUGUUAACCAGUAAUCGAGGUCAUUUAAAAUUAAAUGGCACCUCAGGGCGCGGUGACGUCACGGUUUAAACGUCACGACGCAAAGGCAUUCGCAUCAUCGUUAGCGUCAAACUAUAUUGUGAGUUUGUAUACAAAUUACGUAUACUUUAUAUCUGAAAUAUCACUGAUUGUGAGAAUUAUUUAUUGAUUAAUAUUCAAUAUUUGUGAAAACUAUGAUUUUUCACGUAAAAUCUUGUGCAACGAAAAUUUUUACACAUAGAUGAAUAUUUUUAUAUUCCUUUGAUAUUUCGAACAUGUUAUAAUAAUUUAUCAUGCUUGGUGAUUGCAACUAAUUAUUUAAUACAUAAGUAAAAAACAAAGUAUGUGAAUUUCAGUUAAUUUUGCUGUAUGAUGUAUCAUCAGCAAUAUAAAAGUUCAAUCCAUAGGCAAAUAUCAUAUAAGUCAAUUAUAUGUACGUUUUUGAAUGGUGCUAUGCUGUGCCAGAAACGUUAUGACUAAAAUGAAAUUUUUAUGAAAUAUAAAAUGAAUAACUAAAAAUUAAAGCAAGAUAUAGUGCCAUGCAGCCCCGCCUAGAUGGGAAACUAGCCUUACUUUAUACAUUAUUAGUCUUGCAAGUUCUUAUUGUUAUGAUUUAUGUUGCUACAACUCCACCUUCUGAACUAACUGUAUCAACAACUCAUACUUCUGUUACAUUUGUGAAAUUUGAAGAACCACAAAAACCUCAAAUUCAACAAACUAAUUAUAAAAAAAUUCCCAUCUACCAGACAAUCAAUGGAGAGGUAAUACUGAAAGAUAUCAAGACUUUUGCACUAUUUGAAGAAUAUAAUCAUACCAUAUGUUGGAAAUAUGGAGUGGAUGAUCAGAAAAUGAAAAAUAGUGAAAAUCUUCAAAAAUGUAUUUGCACUCAUGGAUGGCACGGUUCGGAUUGUGGCCAACCAGAAGUUGUUUGGAGAGCAAUUAUGGCAUCAAAGCAAAAUAUUAAAUUGAAACAUCGUAAAAUAGCUAGACGUAUUAUUCAUGCAUUUUUUCUGCAUGAAUAUAAUUCAGCAAUUGCAGAAGUGAUAGUAGAGGAACUAUACAACGUAGUAGAUCUUUUUGUAAUCUGUGAUUUCAGUAAUGCAGAAGACAAUUUUCAUCAUAAAUUACUUAAGGGUUUAUUGCAACAUAAGCAGAAAAAAAUUUUAUAUAUUAAUGUAGCAACCAAGAUACACAAACCAUCAAGAGUAGUGUCUAAAUAUAUUUGGGAGAAAAUGAGAAGUGUAGUAAGAAAUCUAAGAGACGACGAUAUUUAUGUAACAACUGAAUCAGAACAAAUAUUAAACUCCAGGGCAUUAAUGUUCCUCAAGGUAUAUAAUGGAUGGCCACAACCUAUUGGCUUUAGAUUAAGAUGGUCUGUUUAUGGAUUCUUCUGGCAGCAUCCACUUAAAACAACAAUAACAGUUGGUGCCUGUACAAUUGGUUUAAUGCAUGAAGCUUAUCAAUCAAAUUCUAUCAUGUUGGAGCAACUAGAAGGAGACUUCAGUGAAAGAGAUACCCUAGGCCUAGUAAUAGGAGAUUUAAAUCAUUAUGGAGGAUGGUACUGUUAUCUAUGUCAAGCACCUUCAAACAUUAUAACUAGUCUACAAGAUAAAAUCAAAUCCAAAGAAAUUGAAAUAGAUAAAACUAUUGAUGUACCAUUCAUUGAGGACCUAAUAGGAAGUGGACUAUGGUUAGAUGGAAAAACUAAUCUCCUAAGAGUCUCUAAAUCUCGGGACCUCUAUUUUGCGCCUGAAACAAUAUUUAAUAAUACAUGGAAGUAUGACUGGCUAGUAGAAAAUUUUUAUGCUAAAUUAGAUUAUUAUUAACAUACUGGUUACACCUGACUGUGAUAUUAACUCAUAUUCAAUACUCAAUGUAAACUAUAUAAUAUUGUACUGAAUUUAUAUACCAAAAUAAUAUGUUGAAUGAACAUAUGUAUAAAUGUUAAAUGAUUUAUAUACACAUAA